UGACUGUGCAAGUGACAUGCGGAAUGAAGAGAGAGAGAGAGAGGGAGAGAGGUUCUCGAUGAUGGCGGCGAAAGCCGAGGGAAUCGCCCUCCUUUCCUUGUAUGGGGAUGAUGAAGAGGAUGAAGACGCUUUCGCCAUGCAGUCGGAAGGCAGCGGUGCUGGGGAAGAAGCGAACGUGAUCUUGAGUGAUGGUAAGAUCAUAAACGAUCGCCUGAUGUUUCCUAUUCGAGACAAUAACCCUCAAAUGCUUACCCCUUCUUCUCCCAUUCGUCCCUUGGACGGCACCGAUUACGAAGCCCCAAAUUCUGCCUUGCCGCAGCCCGUUCCCUCGUGGCAGCAACGGACUUUUGUGUCCCAGCCAUCUUCUCCUGUUAGCAUGGGUUCUCACAUUCCUCCUGUAGCUCCUGUACCUCCUUUUUAUAUGCAGGAGUCUGCCGUAGGUCGGAGAAUGAGUAGUGUUACGGUGACGAUAGUGGAUUACGCCCAUGACGAGGCAGCUAUAUCUCCUGAAACAGAGGAGGAAAGGAUAGAGGGCGGUGCUGAUAUUCUUAUUGGGACUGAGCUGCAAGGUUCAUAUGGGCACUCUGAUGGAGCAACACCAGUGACUUCUCAGGCAAUUAUGCCCAACAGUCAAUAUGAAUGUCUUCAACCUUUGGAUGUGCCUGAGCUGUCUAAGAUUAAGUCUAGCAUGGCUAUGGAUUGCACUGAAAACGAAGGAGAAAUUGGUGAGGUUGAGACUUCGGUUGCUUUGCAGAAAGAUGAUCUUUUGAAAAGGUUCCUUCCUCCAGCAGUAGCCAUCAAGUGUUCGGAGGAACUUCAGGAAAAGAUAAACAAGUUCCUUUCUUAUAAAAUGGCUGGGAAAAGCUUCAAUGACGAUUUACGUAAAAAGAAGGAUUAUAGAAAUCCAGAUUUUCUGCAACAUGCUGUCGGGUAUCAAGACAUUGAGCAGAUCGGUACUUGCUUUGGCACAGAAGUCUUUGACCCACAUGGUUAUGACAAAAGCGACUUCUAUGAUGAAAUAG